UUGUAAUUUUGUAUCACCCCUCUUUGCCAUUCACAAAAACUGCAUCACCUUUUAACCUAUCAGUACAAAAUGGGUCUCCGUGAACAUAUCACAUUAGGAUUAUUUUCAUUUAUUUUACUAUUUUCUAUUACAUCCAUCAGUCAUAGCGCAGUUUCAGCUGAUGACAAUGAUGUAGAGUUGCUCAUGUACAGGAAUAGUUACCUCAUUCACAAAAGCGUGUUGGAAGCGUUAAGACGAUUCAAGCGCGGGAUCACUGACCUAGAUCCUGGUAAUAGGGCAACGGAGACGCUCCCAUCAACAACAACCCCAACACCUCCUCCUCCGACAAACCCGGGUGUGACUGGUGCUGCUACAACUGCCUCUCCAGAAACAAAAGCAUCAUCAACAGCCGCUAAAGAAUCAUCAACAACUGUCAAAACAGCAACGACCAGCGCUACUGCAACAGUUACUGCAUCUCCAACAGUAACAACACUAAAUACAACAACAACAACUAAAUCAGGUUCAGGAAUAGCUAUGAUUAACACAACCCAAACACUUCUUUUCUGGGUCAUUAUCCUGAUGACGCUAGCUCAGUUUAUCUAAACUGUACGAUUAGACAGUCAACCAGGUGCCAGAUCAAGCUAGACUGCUCAACUUCCAUUUUCAUUUUAAUUCCCCAUUUCAAACAUAAAGACAAGUUCCUAUAAUUGGUAAUUUCGGGACAAAAAAUAAAGUUUCAAAACUUCAGAACGCUGUGGACAAUAUUAUCCCGGGCGAACUGCCGAACAAAAGAUGAGAAAAUAAUCACAUACAUUUAUAGGCCAACAUCUGUUCAUUUACUGGAAACAUAAUUAUAAAUGAAGUAAUAUACGAGAAGGAAAUACUACAAAAACCUUUAUUUAUUUACUUUGCAUUAUUAUUGUAUUGAACUUUUUCUAUAUUUCUGCUACUUACAGCAUAAUAACUUUGAAAUACAGAACUACAUAUUGAAGAACUGUGAAAUCUAGACUACUAGUAGCUAAUACUCUGACAAUAAGUUUAUUUGAUUAUAUUUUCAUUUUUUUUUUCAGUUCAUGAACUUUCAUUAUUAGACUGUAAAAUGCUGUCUGUUGACCAUUUUGCUUUUUGGUUGGGUUUAAAAUCACAAAGUAGGUCAUAUGGCGACUUUUCCAGCUUUUGAUGAUGGAGGAAGACCCCAGAUGCACCUCUGAGUCUUGUUUCAGGCAUGGGUGGGCGGCACCUGGUUUGAACCACUAACCUUCCGUAAGCCAGGUGGAUGGCUUCCUCACAUGAAGAAUUGGGUGAGGCUCUGAAGUAUCUGUUCUAUCAUAUCGAGAGCAAGAAAUAUGCACGUAUUCUUCAUGUGAAGAUUUAGAGUAUUUCACCAAUAUACACAUCAUCUGCUUUAUCUACUAUGUUUUACUACAAUUAUCUAACUAUUAUACCAAAUUUGUAUAGUACUUUGUAGCAUGAAUCAGAAAAGAAUAUUGUAUAAGUAUAAUAUGACUGAGAAAAUAUCAAAUAUAAAGCCUAUCUUAAAUGAUAUUCACUUUUUGUAUCAAAUGUGCUUACAUGUAUUGAAAAAUGUAUAGAAUUUUAUGUUCUAAGUAAAAUUUUAGAAAUAUGUA